AUGACCAGCCUCGGGGUCCCAAACACUCGCGCUCACAAAUACGGUCGUGUAUGGUCGUGGCUCAAUUCAAUCGAACAAGAAUCCUUUCCGACCGAAGAGUCAGAACACCAACGCAAGCGACGUAAAAUAAUAAACACCAAAUCAGACCGCGACAGUCAAUUUUAUCGCAUCCCGACGCCUCCAGGAUCAUCUCAAGACAGCUGCUUCGACAUCGAGGCAAAUGCACAGGGGCUUGAUCCAAUGCCAAGAAAGCGCAGAAGGUCGACCCACGAUCAAGGUCUUGUUCACUUGGACGAAGAUGGCGCUGUCGAGGAUACCCCCAGAGCAUCAUCAAGAGGGUUGAGGCAGGGCGCUCCGAGCCUGGACCGCGAAUCUUCAACCUCGUACGCUUCAUCUGGAGUCUCUGGCACAUCAUCACCAACCAAACAGCUGCGCUAUGCUGCGACGCAAAAGACCGGGUUCGAUGACUUCAAAUUCGAUGACUUUAUGGAUCAGUUACCGCCCUCUCUCCAAGAUUUACAUCAGCAGCUUCUUACCAUUGGUUACGGAUUUGGGCUUCUUCCUCGAACAUUGAAGCCCGAGCUGCAGAGCCUGCGUAAUAUACCCGAGUUUGCUUUUUACGAUCCCGAUAAGCAUGCAAGCAAUUGGCGAAUUCCUCCCCCGUCGUUCAUCCGCCAGGUUCUGCAGAGCGCUACCAAAUGCGAAUUUGGUCGUCACAGCGAAGCUUCUUGGAACAUGGAGGUUCACCGAUGCGUUCUCGACUUUGCUUUCCGAGAAGCAAACGAUGCUUCCGUUGGUGAUUACAGAUACUGCACCACUGCGCACAUCAUACCGGAGUACAAACCCUUCGGCACAUCAUCCAAAUGCAUCGACUUUUGCAUUUGCAUCGAGACUCCGAAGGAAAGCAUUGAGCGUCAGAAGAUUGAUGAUGAGAUCAAGACACGACCAGGUCUCUCAAUCAACCAUACAGAUUGGGGCGACCUCUGCAAGAACCCUAUCGCCCUCUCGAUCGAGACUAAGCGCCAGGUCAGCUGGGAGAAGGCGCUUCUUCAGAUCGGUACCUGGCAUGCUGCGCAAUGGCGGUCCCUCCGGGGGAGCAUUGAGGCGAUUGAAUUCUUGGCUGGUAUUAUUGUGCAGGAUCACGAUUGGUUCUUCGUCGCAUCGACGCUGCAGGACGGAAAGUCGACAACGUAUCAUCGGUUGCCGCUUGGGAGCACGUAUAAUGCAUUCGACCUGUACAAGUUGCUUAUGUCAUUGCAAUGUUUGGGUGCAUGGAUCAAGGAGAAGUACUGGCCUGCUUUUCGGAAGGAUAUGCUCAAGAUAUUUAAUGUUGAGCAACGAGGGGAUUGA